AUGACCAACCUCCUCUUCGUCGUACUCGCCACCCUGGCUGCCACCGCCAACGCCAGUCCGGUCUGCCGGCCUAAGGCGUCCAAGUCUUCAGGCACUCCAGUGAUGCCUGGCCCCUCCGCUUCUCCGACCGGCUCGGGGGACACCAGCGCCGCCCCAUUGGCUUCGGUCUCUGUCUCUGUCUCGGCAGGCCCGAGUAGUAACCCCCCGCCCAUGAGCUCGGGCAUCCUUGCCGUGUCCUCGCCCCCAGCCCCGAGCGCUAGCGCCUCAGGCGUGGCUGCCAGCUCGGGCCCUGCUGGCCCCGGACCCUCUGCUCCAGUCGCACCCGCCGGUACCAACAAGAGCAAGCCGUGGCUCCCCGUCGACCCGCAGAACAACACCAUCACGGCAAACCCUACGCCCGAGGACAUUUCGGGUUCAUCAGCCAUCGCUUCUUGGCUCCUGCAGUAUACCAACACUGUGCGCGCGCAGUAUGGUUCCGCGCCGGUGACGUGGGACGCAUCGCUCGCUCAAAAGUCCGCGGACUGGACCAAGAACUGCAACUGGGAGCACCAGUGA